UAAAAACUUGAAAUGCGAAAAAUCAUGAAUUUUUUUCAAAAUUACCUAAUUUGAUGCUUGAAACUUCGAAUAUUUUUCUUGUAUGGAUGAUUUUUCAACAAUUUUGUAUUUCUAUAUAUAAGAUCUAGUGUUCAUUGUGUUUUCCCACAUUAUAAUUUUUCAAUGGCUGGAAUUAUAAAGGUUGCUAGUGACGCAAAAUCCAAGUCCGGAUCAAAUGAAGAAGUGAUUUUCAACACAUUUCAAACCCUUCGAGAUGAACAACGACAAAUUGUUACCAAACUUGGAGAUAUUGACUUAGAAGAAAGUGAACUAAAAGUUGUGAUAAAUACGCUUGAAAAAGUCGAUGGAGAUCGAAAAUGCUAUAGAUUAAUCGGUGGAAUUCUAUGCGAAAAAACAGUAAAAGAUGUUUUACCCGUCCUUCAGCAGAAACGAGAAGACUUAUCAAAAUUGCAAGUCAAAUUGAAAGAAGACUUGAUGAAAAAAGGCUCAGAAAUAAACGAAUUUAAAGAAAAACACAAUAUCAGAAUACAAGGACACGAUGACUCUGCUACACCGGCUGGCGACACAGAUGUCUCAAGUAGUACAAAAACUUCAGCAAUCGCAAGUAAAUCUUGAAAACAUGAUCCUAUAAAGCAACAUUAUUCUGUAUUAAUAUUUAAAAAAAUUAAUCAUAUUACUUUCAAAUGUAUAAUAUUACUAUUUUCUCUAACUCUUGCUACACGUUGCUAUUUACGGUUCUAAGUUUUGUUGUACUUUAAUUUUUUAUUGAAUUAAAAAAUAAUAACGAACAAUAGUUGAACGAAUCAAAUGCUGCUCAAAAAAUUGCUCUGUACAUAAUUCUUCAUUUCGUUUUUUUCAAUCUUUUUUCUAAUUACAUAUUUUUUCGAUUCGUA